AUGGACAUGAUCAUCCUAACAAUCACUAUCAUGGAUCAUUCCGCAUUAGGUAUUGACACGCAUUUCACCUUUUCCACUGAUAUGAUUACACAAGCGCGCAUGUGGCUCCAGAGCGCCCGUUUGGCACUCUAUCGUCUCCUCUUACAGAGAUGGGAGAUUACCGCAAACAGCCUUAUGUCAGUAGACCAGGCUUUUUUUCUGGUGACACGGAAAGGGGGUCUUGCACUUCCAAGACCCGACCUGGGAGUGAUUACCAAUGGGGCAAAGGCAGAUAUCUUGGUUUGGGACGGAGGUUCGCCUGGGAUGCUCGGAUGGAACGAUCCGGUUGCUGCUAUUGUCUUCCACUCUAAUGUUGGGGAUAUCAAGCAUGUGAUGGUUGGUGGAAAAUUCACGAAAAGAGAUCGACGUCUCACCUCAACUGAUUACCCUACGCGCCGUGACAAAUUUCUCGGUACCGCAGCCAAAAUCAAGUUUAUCUGGAAAAAAGACCAUUUCCUGUUCUUGAGGGCGUCUUCCCGGAAUCGGGCUUGCAGUAUUCCGGGCUUGCAGUAUGGGCAAGUCCCCCGGGCAAAAGUUUAG